GCUCCAACAUUUCGGAAUUAAUCACAAGCUCUCUCUCUCUCUCUCUCUCUCUCUCUCUCUCUCUCUCUCUCUUCAAUGGCGUAUCGGAAAACGCUAGCGAAGCGUCUGUUUGACGGUUGCAGAGUUACAUCGCCGUCGGUGACUCUAGAACACACGCCGAUCUCGUCUCCUUCGGGUCGGAUCCUAGUUAUCCCUCCAAAUGCUUCCAAAACAAACUUCCACCGCGAGUACAUCACUUCACCGGACUCGGCCGAGAAGGGAUUUUUCCGGCGAUUCUUACACCGGAGGACGGCCAGCAACCAGUCAUCUUCGAGGCUCCCCGAGUUCCUAUCCCUUCCCGUCGGGCACAAGCUCCGGGAGACGCUCAGAGCCAUCAACAUUACCGGCGAUGGUCUCAGACUAGACGGCCUGAGACCUCCGGCGGCUAAUCCAGCAGUCUCCGCCGAUAGUCGGUACGGUAUCUCCGUCCACGAUGCGAGAAAGAUCCUGAGGCUCACACAAAUGGAGAAGCUGAAAGCAAAGCUCGGGGAGAUCCCGAAGAGCUCGAUUUCGUACUCUGAGUUUGUCCGGAUCUGCAUCGAAGGUUGUGAUCAGAACGAGGAUCAAGGCCUCGAGUUUGCCAAAACGUUGGACGACUCGGGAAACGUCAUCGUUUUGGGAAGCGUAGUGUUUCUCCGGCCCGACCAGGUGGCAAAGUCAAUGGAGACACUAAUUUCUCAAACAAUAGCGAAUCCGAACGACCCAAGAAGAAAAGAACUAGAAGAGAUGGAGGCCCGAAAGACCAUGAUCGACAGCAAAGCAAGGUCUUCGGUCAUGGGCGAGCUCUGCUGCGGACUGGGGUUCCUUCUGGCCCAGGCCCUGGCCUUCAUGAGGCUGACCUUCUGGGAGCUUACCUGGGAUGUCAUGGAGCCCAUCUGCUUCUUCACCGCCUCCCUUGACUUCGCUCUCUGUUACGCCUUCUUCCUUCGAACCUCCAUCGAACCCUCCUUCAGGGGCUACUACCAGUGCCGGUUUAUCGCCAAGCAAAGAAAGCUCAUGGCUCUGCACAACUUUGACUUCGUCCGGUACAAUGAACUCCGCAAAGCCUGCUAUUCGAGCUCCUGCUCUUCGAUUCCCAACGCCCAAUCUUUUUCGCCCUUGGGUCACGGAGCAGAGGGAUUCGUUGGUGCCAUGCGUCGUUGAAGAGAAACGUACAGGACAUUUUUCAGAGUAAUUAAUCAAUAAAGAUACCCACAAAAGAGGAACAGAUGAAACUUGACUUUUAAAUGAGUGAAUUCCUUCGGGGAUCAAUACGGUUUAGUUCCUCGACUUUUAAGAGUUUUCCUGAGAGAAUGAUCAAGGGUUUUUGAGCAACAUCAUAUAUAUAUAUAUAUAUAUAUAUAUAUAUCUAUAUACAUAUAUAUAUAUAGCCUGAGGUUGUGUAUAUAUAGACUGAAGAGUUCGUCGGAGUUACGUUCGGCGUUCCGAAUGGAGGUGUACUUGUAAAGUGGUCGGCCGAUCUACCUUUGUAAAGAACCAAAAGCCAUAUGAUUUCAAUGAAAAAUACCUUUUGGCUUUUAUCA